CUCACCCCCAUAUCUCUCUCUCUCUCUCUCUCUCUCUGCAAAACCUCUCUUUUCCAUAGAAAGUUUGGAUCUUUAGGGUUUGUUUCCCGAUUAAAAGCUCUCUGUAACCAUGAAGCACCUCAUCCGCCGUCUGUCACGAGUCGCCGACUCAGCGCAGUACAGCCUCCUCCGUUCCGAUUCGCGGAGAUCGAGUCGGCGGACGCUGAACCACCCUGUCUUCGUGGGCUUACUGAACCAGUCGGCUCAGGAGUACGGGUACGAGCAGAAGGGCGUUCUGCACAUCCCCUGCCACGUGCUCAUCUUCGAGCGAAUCAUGGAAUCUCUUCGUCUGGGCCUCGCCGAGUCACGUGACCUGCAGGAUCUCAUGGGCGACGACGCCACCUGAUCUGAUCAAGCUUUUGGAGUUAGUGUAAAACACAGAUCUGUUUGUUUUUGUUCAGAUACACACAAGAAAUACGAUGUUGUAUGGGGUGUAAGUAGACGUUUUUGCUCCAUCUGUUUUGAUGGUGGGGCUCUGUACAGAAAUCGAAACUCGGGUUUUUUUUUCCAGUUCGAAGCUGUUUUUUUUGUUCCCUCUGUGUAAGAAUUGGCUGAAACAGCGACGAAGAAAUAGAAUUUGAUUUUUGUUUGUGUC